AAACAGGUAAAGGGAUUCGUUAAGCGAGUCACCGUGAGUAUAAUAUGCAUGCAGACUUGCUGUUAGCGAAGCAAACGAGAAGGCGAGGCGACAGCCGGAAAUACGGGCACACCGGUCCACAGAUUUUCCCGUUGGGAGAAAGGGGUAAAAUAAAAUGAAAUAUGGUGAUUUAUCGUCUAAUGUACGCGCCAGCCAAUUUGUCCUGUUUCCACGCGUGAACUGUCUCGUGUCGUGAGUGCCUGUCCCGCAGGAUGCAGACGGAAACACGGAUUGCAUUUCAUAGAGUGGUCUCGAUGGCCCGUGUGAUGCGCGAGUGCGCGCGCGCGCGCGCGAUGAAAUUACAAAAUUUGUCUGGGGAUUGCACACGUGAAUGCGGCUGACGUGUCCGCACCAAAGAUACGCCAAUAAUUGUCCGCAAAAUGAAAUGACAAUUAUCGCGACCGGUGGUGGACGAGACUUUACUAAUCGCGUGGUUGUCAUGGUAUUGCCGAAUUACACCGUUUAUACACCUUGCACCGAACAUAACAUGCAUUGUCGUUAGUGUUUAAUCCCGUUUCCCGUGAAAAUAAAUUAACAGCGGUUUUACAAAUUAUAAUAAUAACUUUUCAAGUUGUUAUUAAUUAUAAUAAGUUCAUUACAAUAGAUAUUCAUCAGUUUGGCAAGAAUGUGUCUUUGUUUUUUCCUGUUUUAAAAUUAAUUUUUUAAUCCGCUAAAAUAUAUACUUUUUUUUAGAAUAUUUUUUUAUUAUUACAUUGCAUGGCUAAACAAGGGAAAAGAAUUUUGUUUAAUAAUAUUGAAUAUUGGUAAUCAAUAAGAGAACAGAUGGCUAUUUAAAAAUUAUUAAAUCUUAAAUGACUUUUGUAAUUCUAAUUCUGCCACGACGUUGCCUCUAGGACAAAUAAAAGUUACGAAUACACCAAGUAAAUAAUUAAUGCAUAUUAUCGUGAGAAAAAAAACACAUACGUCAACAUAAAUCCCGUAAAGUAAACUACUGAAAUUUCCCUUUCGCGUUUCCCCGCUAUUUUACGUCAGCAACAAAUCAUAUUUCCUACAAUUUAAUCUUGAGCCUGAUUUAUUGCCGUCACUUUCACAAUGCAACUUCAUAAUUCCAAGAGAGUAUAAAACUCGAGAAACUAUAUACAUAAUUCGCAAUCGUGAAGCUGCCGUCGUUUUCGUUCAGCAGCAUUUAUUCGGAUAUUCUCAUGAUAUGGUAACUCUCCAUUUUACGCGCCUGAUAGACCCGUGAAUUUCUUCGCUCGACAAACAUUAAUUACGUCGAAAUGAAGUCUUAAUUAAUUUACUGUAACACAUUCUAAUUACAAAUAGACAGAAGGCAAAUAAUAAACUCCUAUAAAGAGAGUCGUUCUCCCACUAUAUUAUUUUUUAAAGACUCUUUGGCCAAUCUGAAAUUAAUUUUUCAAGAAAAACCUUCUGAAGGAAAAAGGAUCUACACUACUUUGGUAAAAUAAUUAGCUAUUAAAAAUAAGAGACUUCUCGUGAACCAAACUUGAUGAAAGAAAAUUAUAUUUUUCAGUUAAGUGAACUUACGUUAAAAUGAUUUUCCUUGAUGUUUUUAAAUUAAAAUUAUAAACACAAAAUAAAUAUGAUAAAAGAUGGAACAUUGUAUACGUGUUCAAAAUAUAUACGAUGUAAUAUCCGAUAUUAAGAUUAAUAUGACAAUGGAUUUAUUUUAGCGCAAUGCAUGCGAUAAUAAUGACAAGAAUAAUAAACUAACAACAAUUGCACAUUACGUACAAAUAAUUCAAGUACAAGAUUAAUAAUCAAGAUAUAAAGUUACGAUUAAUAAAAUACAAUUUUAGUAGCAUGUUUAUUUAAUAUUAAUGUUAAUAAUGUUAAAGAUGGAUGAUUUAUUUAUAGCAAAAGUUUACGGGAUUUAUAUAAUAAUAUGAAUAUUAUAAUCUUCAAUGUGUGUGUGUGCGUGUGUGUGUGUGUAAGCAAAAAUCGACUAUCAAAAAUCAACUAUCAAAAAUUUGAGGAUUACAAAAAAAACUUCUUUAAAUAUAACAUUUGUUACAGUUGAACGUUAUGCGACUAUUGCGACAACGCUCUUAGCGCCGCUAGCACUAUCACUCAUUUGUCUAAUUUAUUCGACGGAGAUAGGUGAAUAAACUUCGAGUGCAAAGACUCGUAAAAAGGGGUCUCGACGGUGCACUUCGUCAUUUCCUUCAUACAGCAAGAGUCAUCACAGUAGACGAGAAAUUAAGGGCAAAGAAACUGCUGUUGCCGCUGCCGUGGCAGUAGCGCGCUCGCAAUUAGGAUGAAGACGAAGACUUCAGGCUACUCAUUAACUCCGGCAUGAACCGGCGAGCGAGGCACAUCAACGGGGCUAAAAGUCGAAGAAGUAACAAGCUGGCAUCCUGCAGCCCGCGCCGCCUGCCGCCGCCCUCCGCCACCGUUCCUUUUAUUUCGCCGGAGUGUCGCCGGCAAAUCUUAUUUAAGGCAGAUUUAUCGCCACCCGGCUCUGAGAUCGAGCUGGUUCUAUUCGUGUUGGUGCUUUCAACCUUGCUUCUGAUCGAUGCAAAACCGGAAGGUCACGCGCACUCUUUCCAACAUUUUCACGGUCCAGUGACGGGCAACGAACACGAAGUCACUUGGGAUGACGACGAUGGCUAUCACGAAGACUACGUCGCUCAUCCCCAUUAUGCCUUUUCAUACGGGGUCGAAGAUCACCAUACGGGCGAUUAUCACGGUCAAAAGGAGCACAGGGACGGCACGGACGUGUUCGGGGAGUAUACCGUGAAGGAACCAGAUGGCAAUAUUAGAACGGUGAGGUACCGCGCGGGCAAGGAUGGAUUUCACGCCAAAGUGCAUAACAGUCACCGAAAAGAUCGCCAACAAGAUGAUGACGAUGAUCAUUAUUACGAUCAUUAUUAGUCCUGCGAAGCUGAACUAUUAUCUCCUACUCGGUCAUUUUCUAUCAUACAUCUCGCGCUUUUUUUUCUUACGUCCAUUAUCCUUGUUAAUCGUCGACAUCUUGUUGCACCCAUUAAAAGAUCCGUAAGUACUUCAAUAUUUUCGUUCCUCGCAGUUUUUCUCAAGUGAAUCACUUGUCUACUGUUUUACGACUAGUUUCAUAACGGUGUCAUUAUCGCGAAAGUCUUUCGCGAAUAUUACGAAGUGGCCUUAAAACUGUUACGAAAACUUGAUAAGUUUGUCAAUCGCACAAUUAGCAGGCUGAAUUUCUUUGGAAGAAAGAUCAUUUCUUUCGUGGAAAUGCGGUUGAUUGUAAUCGACGACACUGAAUUGUUAAUAGAUCAAUUCACAAGCAGAACUGUUAGACACCGAAGAAACAAUCUUGUGAAAAUGCAUGGUGUAACUCACUUUCGAUACUUUUAUAAUAUUCUACAUUAAACCGCUUAGGUUUUAAGUUAAGAUACAUUAUUGUUAGAAAAAUAUUUGAGUAAAUAAACGAAUAAAUUUUACAUUAACGACUUAUAAAUUAUAAACAUCUUUAUUUUUAUUAGAUUGUAAGCGACGGAAACUCUAAAUUUUAUAUACGAAAAAAUGUAUACGUUUCCUACUAAUCUCAUACCUCAUAGUAAAUCUCACGUAUUAAAUAAAUUAUUAAUUGACAAAUUAUCAACAACGAAUAUAAAUAUAAAUUAGCAAUAAUUAAAAAUAAUUGAGUAUUUAUUUUCCGUCAGAAUCAACGGAUCUCUAAAUUUUUGGAACGCAAAGACUAAAUCACAUUAUCGUUCUCUGGAAUCGGAUAGAAAUGGAUUUCGAAAUGCAUACGCUUUCUGUUCACUUGUCUCGGGCCUCA